AUGGAUACUGAUAAUCUGAUAUCUCAAUUGCCUGACCACAUCAUACACCAUAUUCUCUCGUUUCUUUCAACACCAGAGGUGGUUCGUCUUAGUGUCUUGUCCAAGGCAUGGCAUCAGGUUUUUACUUCUUUUCCCAUGUUUGAGUUCUGCAGUUCAUCUUUCGAAAAAAUUUCUGAUAAUAGUUUCGAAUUUAUUGUCUUUGUCUACAAAUCUUUGCUUCUACAAUGCAGUCAAUACAGAAGCAUACCAAAAUUUCAGUUUUCUUUCACCCAAGAUCGUCGUAGACCUUAUGUUUAUUCUAAAUAUCUCCUGUUGCCGUGUGAACUUGAUAAACUUAUCAGUCGGUGUAUAGAAAUAGGUACACGGAAGGGUGUUAAGGAGCUUUCUAUCUACUUUUGUAUGCCUCGAUAUUAUAGACUACCUGAAGCCCUGUUGUCUGUCAAAGAAUUGGUUGUUUGUAGUUUAGGUGGUUGUAUUUUCGACGGCGCCAUAAAUUGGCCUUCUCUGCGUGAACUCUCUCUGAAAGAAGUUCAGAUUUGUGACCAAAGGAUUAUCGACGAUCUCUUCUUUACCUGCCCUUUGAUCGAGAAAUUUUCUCUAGUACAAUGUUUUGGGCUGAAGUACCUUCACCUUUCAGGAUUAAGAAAACUCAAGAAGGUUAAGGUGAAAAGCGGAUAUCCGCAUAUGGAGAAGAUCGAGAUUAAUGUGCUUAGUCUUCAUACUUUCUCUUAUUCUGCACACCAUUAUAUGAAGACAGAUAUUGAUCUGACCUCUUGCAAAAAUUUAGAGGUAUUUAAGUUUAAGGGUUAUAACAUUACAGAAGACAUGAUUCAAUACCUUAAUCGUAAUUUCCCUGCCCUCAAAGUUUUGGUGUUGCACGGUGAACGCCUUCACUUUCAGAGGAUUGAAAUUUCUAUCCCCCUGCUUGAGAAAUUAAACCUCAUUGUAGCUCAAAUAUCGGCAGUGGAAGCUAUCAUCAAUACUCCGAGAUUACGGUCAUUGCAAUGUGUCAUGCACAAAAUCCCGUCUUUGUUUUAUUUGAACAGUUUACAAGAAGUUAGUCUUGAAUUAUUUGUUGAUCUCCACUAUAUUAAACAUGGUGAAAGUUUUCUCGAAGAUUUUAGGGAAUAUCUUAAAAAUCUCAACCAAAUCAAGCUUGAAACUCUGAGUAUUUGCGUUUAUUCUUCUUCUGUGAUCCACAAAAUAGUCAGCAGUACUGCCUCCAAUCCUGUUUUGCUUGAUAUCUGUCACUUGAAGCUGGAAACCUUUACCAGGGAGAAAGAAAGCCACGCUCUUGUUGAUGGCUUGUUUUGUAUUUGCCGUCCAGAAUCUUUAUUACUUGUGUCUGGCUGUGCAAGAAACGAUGAGUUCAUUAAGAAUCUUUGCAAGAAACUAGUGCAAAUAGAGAAUGCAACUACCUAUGCAAGUUGUUGGCAGAAUCACUUAAAAGGCGUCAGGAUCCAGCAUUGUGGAAGAAAAGGAUAUAACAAGAUCCUCACAUGUGAAGCUUUCUUAGAUUCAUUGCGAACUCUGGAACCGAAGGAGAAGAUUCGUUUUUUAUUCGAAUGGUGAUUUAAAUUUUUGCAUUUAUUUUGUUUACUUGCUUUGACAAAUUUUCUUAGAAAUCAGCUGAACCUAGCCAGGGCUCUGCUGC